AUGAAUGUCUUCCUUGCACACGCAUCAGGGCGCAGGUCCCCUUUUUUUCGCCCUACGGUGGAUAGACUCCCUCUACAUGAGCUCGGGAGCAGUGUCUGUACACCGGUUUUGGCAUCCGAAUCUAACUGUCUUGUUGACAGUCGAGAAACUCCUUCUCCGAUUACGGCGGCAGCAAAUACACUGCCGUCAUGGUGUUUACCUCAGCUCGAUCGUGUUCGCUCCCUCCUGAACAGAGGCGGUGCAUCUCAGCAGCAAGAGUGGAAAAAAAAUGACCCUCUGAGGCACCGCCGCGAAGGGAACGCCGGCCCCUCCCUGAGUGUCUCCCGAUAUGCGGCCAAUUCUGCAAUUUCCCGCGUUCCUAGAGACGUUACGAAAAGGUCGACCCCAGUUCGCAGCCAACAUGAUGGAGAAGGGUCUUUCUUUCCCCUGGAAGACCUCGCCGGUUCAAGCCCAGAUGCGUUGGGACGAGAAGGCACCGACAGGUUGUGUGACGCGCCAGACAGCAUUUUGUCGCCACCAGCAGCUCACACUAUAAACCGAAAGAAUGGCCCGAACGAUCCGGCGUCUGGUUUCUUCCAAACGCCAUUGCAGGCGCCCCUGCUCCCGUCCGUACACUUUUGGUCUUCAAGUGAACCUGGAUGGAGUCAACGGGCACGACUAGGGGCCAACGACGCACGCCUCGGGCGGCCACGAGUGCAGCAUGUACGAGGUUGCGGGCAAACGCAGAACGCGGAGGGGAGUUGGACGAACACAGGGGAAGCCCGCGAAGCAGGGCAUAAGGAUGGAAAUCAGACUCUCGCGCAGCCCGCGAAGAGCGGACAGGAUUUCGGCUUCAUUCCUCUGCGCUUCUCCUUUCCAGACGUUUUCUCACACACUGCCGACUCCACCUUAUCCGCACUGGACAGCUCAAGCGAAAGCGUCGGACCGGCAGCAAGGAGUGACGCGUUUGAUGUGGACUUGCAGAGACCGCCCAAGCAACAGAGACGAAGCGCGAGCAGCGAGCGACUUCGGGGACGAAGCCGAAGUAUCUCGCUGUCUCCGGCGUCACCAAGGGACACUCGCUUCGCCAACAAUGCCUGCGUGUGGAGACGAGCAAGCAAACUGCGCUCGCCGAUACUCCUUCGUACUGGCGAAACACCGGUUCCCAGCCCACUGACGCGUGCCGCGAUUCUCCUCUGCCCAGCUCGCCACUCCCGUCUUGGCGGCUCGCCUUCCUCGUUUGCCUCUCCACUCUCACCAGGGGGGAAAAAAGGACGGCGAGGCGCAGUGAAGAAGGGCAAAUCAGCGCCUGAGUUGCGAUCUCUCACGCGGUCCCGAAAGAGGGCAGGGGACAGGCGGAGACCCCGUGAUCUGUCACCUGAGAUGCAGAUCAGAUUCCGGUCGGACGCCGACACUCCAUCAGAGAGGAGAGAGAAACAGAAGAGGCUCGAAGGAUGCAAACCAACUGCAGAGAAAAGGAAGACCACCGUGAACAUGAUUGGACCGCGUGAACAGCGAGCGUCCCCACAGGGACCCCGCACAAGGCAAACAAGCGAGUCGCCCAGGAGGUCACAGCGCCGGGGAGGGGUGAAGAAGGAGGCGAGAAUCAACGGGUGGAGUAAGCGAACACGAAGAAGAUCACUCUCGGGUGGAACUACCCAACGCGGGAUAGCUGCUUUGCCUUCCAGAUCACCUCCAAAGAUACGCUGCCUUGACAGAAAGGGCGAGGGACCAUGCAGCGAGAAGAAACGUGGGAACCGCACGUGGCGAUCCAGGCCCGAGGCCGCCGACGACAGCCUGCGCCGGAGUGCCGCGGGCGAAAGACCCGCAGCCGACGCAGGAGGUCAGCUGCCCGAAGCUUCGGGGAAACGGGGGUCUUUAGCGGCCGAUGGCGGAGGGCGGGGGUCGCGCGUCUCCCCCGCCACCUCGUGCUGUGCUUUCUCGUUCGCAUCGCCGCCCAAACGCGCGGAAGAGGACACUCCGCAGCCAUGCAGAGACGACAUGCGUGGGAUGCCAGCCGUCGGCUUCUUGGGAACCGCUGGCGUGCAGAGACGCGCAGAGCCCGAGCAGGGAGCGACAACCACAGCUGAGCGACAAGAUAACACCCAGUUGGCCGCCACGCAGAAAAGAUCGCUUCCGGCGCGAGACCCGGGAGCGACACGUAGACGGGCUUCGUUGCUACCAAACAGAGAGCCGAGCCAACCUGAGUGGGACUCGCAUUCUUCGCCCUCGCGGCCUCCUCACCAGACUGUGCCUGCCGCUUCUCACUGUCGCGCUGAUGCGCCAACUGUACUGCCGCGGCGAGCGCCUUCGACUCCAGCGUCUGUCCCUUGUCAUCGCCCUGCGUCGCCGUCAGUUUCGCAAACGCCUCGAAAACGCUCCUCCGUGGAGUGCCUUCGAGACGAAAACUCUUCGCUCCUGAAAACAGCCAGCGAGAAGAGGAAACGCACGCCGCCGGCGGAGAACGGUCUGCGAGCUCAGAUCCCUCUGGCGCCACCAGCGAAAGUCGAGCACAAAGCGAACGCCGAUAAUACGAAGUGGAAGGGGAAAGGCGUUCGACAUGCGAAGCUGCAGCGCGAAUGGGGCACGCAAACAGGGACUCCAAAGUCGUUGAGCAUCAAGAAAGAAAGACACGCAGUUUCAGGUUCUGAUACGCGUGGAAAGCAUAGCCCCAGAGGCAUGCGGGAGGCGGCAGGGCAUCGGAAAACGAAGGAAGGCACAGCGAAUUCGAAUCGAGAGGAGAGAAGAGGAAGUGGCAAUCCAGGCAGCGAGCGAUUCCCAAACGAAACCACAUGCGCGGGAGAAAAAGCGAGCCGCGCAAGGAGUUCGAGUAACGAGCUUUGUAGAGUGCGCGCCGCUGGCGGGGCGUUAUCGCCUGAAGCGCCGCGCCCCUGUGCGUUAAGUGAACGCGAAGGGGGCAGCUGCAAACGUACAAAGGCGUCAAUUGUUCAAGCGUCAGACACUGCGCCUCGGAUAGUUGCUUCAUCCCCACGGUUUUCUCCCUCUUUCGUACCGCCUCACGCAGCACCGUCCCGCGCCUCAGUCGCGUGCGUAGACCGCGGCUGGAGGACAGUGCGAGACGUCGAUGACCCACACGAAGCUAGGCAAACUAGGCACUCUCCCACUGCGAGAUCGAUGAGUCAGAGCCUUGCUUCUCCGGAGAAUACUGCGGCGCAGCCACCCGCAAACGUGGCGGCGAACUCGCUCGGCAUUCAUACAGACCGCAGUUCCAUGCAGAACGUUCCAGGCGCCUUGGCGCAGGAGCCGUUCUCCGCUGACGUCGCCGCCCCUCGCCGGCCUCAUUCUCAUGCCUCAUGUGGGCUUGUUGGGUCAUCUGGCAACUCCCCAUCGAGGCCAUUGCCUUGCCCACCAUGCAUUCCAUCUUCUGCGUCUUCAGCUGCGGCCGCAUCCGCGGGGGCUGCAGGUGCGUCGUCGUUCCCGGCCGGUCUCGCCACUGCAUCGUCCGCCGCAGCAGCCGCCAGCGAAGCCUCACAGGACCCAUCCCGCGCCCGCUUGCUUUCCCGCAGGCACCGAGUGUCCAACGACAGUGCGUCCGCGUGUCCUUCCGGCGCCCCUGUGUGCGCGGCAUCUUCAUUGUCUUCAUCGUUUUCUUUCCGGCCGUCCCCUGGCUCGGCUGUCUCCUUGCACGGCGCGGAGCCGGAGCCGCCAGCGGAGCUUCCGCAAGGCUUCGGCAGGUCGUCCGGGUGGCCUCGCAGAGCACGUGCGAAAGCGGACUCACCCAGAGGCACAUUCCGCACUUCAGGCGCACCGCUCGCGCGCCGCCACCCUCCGGACGACCCAGCAAGUCUCGCGCCGCACGCAGGACCUUCCUCAAGCGCAGCGCGUGCGGUCGACCAGCCUGCCCAGACCAGCAGAGUAGCGGGGUCGGGGCCAGGGGCGUCACUGUCGCUUCUGUCUCGGAGAUUUUCGUCGUGCUCUACGGCGUGCCCGCCGUCGUCGCAUCCGUCAUUAUUGUAUGCGUCUUCUGCUCCCGCCUCCGCGUCGCGUUCUCGGUCUUUCCUGCCAUCUGCCGUGGGCUCUGGCGCCUCCGCCACCGCGGGGUCUUCGCGUCAAGCUGCGUUCGGUUCGCUGCAUUCUGCAGCGCCGCAGCCCUUCUCCCCGUCGGCUCGAGUGUCUCGCCCGCCUUCGUGCCGAGGCGGCGCUGAGGCUGCGCCCGCAGGCACGCAGCGGCGACAGAGGGAGGUCGAAGGCGUAAGAAGUGAAGGAUCGGCACCGCGGCCGCUCUUCGAGGAGCGCGACACAACGAAGCGCAAUUCCCACAGAGCGACAUACGGGCUAGGCUGGAAAGGCGGGCCGCCACCGGACGAGGAGGAAGCCACGGAGCGCGCAGAACCUGACACAAAUGCGGCGGCUGCUGUGGCAAUGCAAAAGGCGACGCCGGGCACCCUGCAGCGUGAAGAGGGGGAACGCCUGAGCGCUCAGACCCACUCACCCACUUCGCGUGCCAUGGAGGAACAGGAACAUUUAGUUCGGCAACUGCUCACCGAAGCUCAGCAAAGCCUCCUUCUGAUCUGGGGAGUGCUCGCUGGCUGGCGACGCAGAAAACCCGCUUGUCUGCCCCCACGCUCUCCGCGCGCGCCCGGGCCGCCCGCCACAUUGAGCUGCGCUGCGCAUCCGCCGCAAGAAACCCCUCGUGGCUCAGUUCGUUCUGCAUCGCGUGCAGGCGCUGCGGAUGCAGCCCCGCACUGCGGACGCCGCGGUUCGCCUGGCAGCUGCACCGAGGAAAGGGGCCGCACACUGCCCGCUGCCGCGCAGGGAGAGAGCGACAGUGUAGGCGAGAGUUCUCGAGAAGAAGCCGGAGAUCGAAAGCAGCCGAAAUCCGUGAGUGCAGACAACAAAGGCAGGACGCGGGCAAGCGGCCGGACCGCUGGCAGUCCUCCGCGCGCGUUCGAUUCCUGGGCACGUGCGGCGGAGCGAUGGCAGACGCCGGUGGCGCAGGGGCGACGGCGGCGGAACUGCACAGAGAGUAGCAACUCGUGGAUGCAGACGCAAGGAAACGAACACGAACGACGCACGCUCGACACCAACGCAGCGCCUCUCGCAUGGACCGUGGAGGUCGAACCACAAGAGGCUCAGGUCAGCGCCGUUUCACGCGUCAACAAAGUCGCGAGAGACAGCGUCUUGCCUCCGUCGCCAUCGUCAUCACUCUGGCUUCAAUAUUCUCCUUCCCGCAGCUCGACGAAUCCCCCCAAUGCCGAGCAGACUGAGCGACCGAUAGGGUGCCGCAGGACGCCGACUCCAGCACCGGGGAACAGGUCGCUCCGUCGGGAGAAAGGCGAGAGCGCGGUGCCGAGGGGGCGAGGAACUGAACACAGCGACGAGCCUCUUUCUCCCGCGGAGUCUCCUCCCCCAGAAAGCCGCGAGCCAGCCUUACGGAAGGUGAGUAUUCGCGAUGCCUUGGGUCCCCUCCUCGCCUCAAUGGAAUCCGCGAUCCGCGACAUUGCUGCCGCUGGCGUUGCCGAGGCGCGCAAGUCGCCGCAGGCCUCGACGCCGGCGCCUGCACAGAGCGCGCGGCCUCCGGCUUCCUCUUCGCCGUCAGCGAUGCCUGCGCCUGCGCCCCCCCUGACUGAAGCCGCCUCGUCUCCCUCGCGUCCUGAUGAUCCUUCGCUGGUUCAGUCGCCCUCGCCUCAGCGCCUCGGAGGCUCUGCUUCCGCUUCCGCUGCCUCGCGCUCGGGGCUAUCGACAGUGUUACGGCGGAGCUGCCGCAAGCGCGACGAUACACACUGCGAAGGGGAAGGCCCUCGUCUGGAGCCCAAAGCGCGCGAGCGAGGCUUUCUGGCGCAGGCCGGAGACACACGGGACGAGGGCGCUGCGCGGCGAGCAGAAGCCGUCUCUGCUGUACGGCCGCCGGCCCCAGGCUAUGAGUCGACACGAGGAGUGCAGCCACCUCUUGAGUGUCGCCACGCCCCGCUCAGGCCGCCUUCGUCUCGCGUCUGUGGUUCCUUCAUGUCUGCGGCUGGCGGUGCGGACGAGGCCCUCUUUCGACCUGCUUCGUCGAUUUCGCCCUCUUAUCCCUGGUCAUCCUGCGGACAUCAUCGCACGGCGUUUCCGGCGUCGCUCGUUUCUCCUUCGUCCUCACAUGCCUCGCCUUCUUGCGCGUGCGCGUCGUGCCCUCUCUGUCCCGUGUUCCAGGCUUCGUCCUCGCGUUCUCUCGCCCGGCUCGCGUCUUGGCGCUCGCCAUCUCUGCCUGCUUCCUCUGCCAUUCUACCGCAUUCGUCCAGUGCGAAGAUGUGCCCCCUGCCUCCGCUCUUCUCAGUCGCGCCGUCGUCGUGGCUGGACAGCCCGUGUGGGAGCUCUGCGCAGCUUCUCGACUUGGCGCACCUUCCGCCAGUACUCGCGCUCCCCGGCAGCGCGGAAAUCGCGCGGAAUGCAAAGGAAAUUGAGUCCAUUUCCUGGCCCGCGCGAGCCUGUCUCGAGCGGCCUCGGAUCGCUCACACGGUGCUCCGCGGCGACGCAAAACGCGAACUGGAGAAGAGAUGCACGCAGCACCUUUCGAAGAGAAGCGGCGCCGGCCGAGCCGCGCAGUGCGGAAGUGCGCCGCCGCCAGGGAGUGCCUCCAGGGACGCGGAGUCUGCAGCGAAGAAGACUCGCGGCGACGCUGGAGGCUGGGCAGCGACGGUCAGUACCCGAAAGGUGGCACGUGGACCGGGACAAGCAGAGCGAAGCGCGAGAGAAGCAGCUGAGGACGAAGACCUAGACUGGGACUGCAAGGUAGUGCUCGGCUGCGCAUCCGCCUCCCGCCGCGACUCUCCUCCGUCGCUGGAGCUGCCGACGCUGACGACUGUCGCUGAGACGCCUCGCAACGCGGCGGAGCGAGAGCGAGACGACCCCGGCGCGACGGGCGAGCGAGGAGCUGAAGGUGACGCGCACACGAGAAGUCUCUGCGCAACUGACCGAAUGCCCACAGCAGAAGAUGGUGCUGCAGAGAGACUUCUAGACACAGAGAUGCGAACCAGGGUUGCAGAGACGGGAGAACUCGCGGAAGAGGUGAGAAUGACAGAGAGGCCCCGGGACGGGCGUAUUGCGCGUGCCUCAAGAGCUAGCGACACGCACGGGCUCGGAGGAUACUGGACUGCGCCGAAACGAUGCCUGUGCGGCGGCGAGAGAGGCGACCAUCAUGGAAGAGAGACAGACAACAGAGAGGACGCGGGGCGGACGCUAGGAAGGCCUCGCCAAAAUGCCGAAGCGGGCAGAAUCGGUCCGUGGGCGGCGAGUAGCAGCAGGAGAGAAAAGGCGAGUUUGAGGGUGGUGGACGAGAGUAGGAGGGAGGCAAGCGUCGUAACAGAUAGACAGGCGCGAGAAGGAACACGACGUGGGACACAAAGGCGCAAUUGCAAUCCGCGAAUGAACCGGAGAGAAGAACGAGAGCGACAAGGAUGGAGAGACGGCCACGCGCAAGAAGCGGACCCUGGCGGCGGGACUCCGGCAUGUGCAGGAAUCAGCUGCAACAUCGCGAGGCAGGGCCUCAUGUGCAAAACGUGGGACGAAGACGAAGGCGCUAGGUGGAAAUCCGAAGCCAAGGCAGCCCUUUACGCGCAGAAGAUGGCCUUGGAAGACGCGCUGAAACGCCUAGAAGUUGAGCGGGAAACUUUCCUCUUCCAUGGAGGUCUGUACCAUCCUGCGACAGACAGAAAUGCGCACACGGCCCGUUGUGCUCCCUCGUCGAAUACAACCCCCCCAGAAGUGCCUCCUCCGCCUCCUUCUUAUCCUCUGCGUCGCCAAACACGUUCUGCGACUCUCGCAUCUCCCCGGUCAAUGGCGUCGCAAGCCUGCAGCUCUCCGUCUUGUCCUGAAGCGUCCACACGGUUGAGUCCUUGCAGACAGCGAUCGCCUGAGAAAUCUGCUUGCGUCGUGGUCGCCUCAGCAGCUUUCCCCUGUUUCUCGUCAUCUUCCUUUGCUGCCUCUCCUCCUCAGUGUGCGUUUCCUACGACUUGGGCCGCGCCCUAUGCGUCUCAGAUUCCUCCGCUUUCGUCUGCCAGGUGUGCUUCUCAACUCCUUCCGCAGUGUGCCUCGCCGCCGGAGUCUCACGCCGCGCUGACCGCGCCCACCUCGAUCCGCGGGUCGGCUCGACUCCCUCGCCACUCUUCUGCGGAUGGCGCACAAACCACUCCGGCUCACAUCCCCCCAUCCGUCGCACCGGCGGCGCCGCAUUGGCCUCUGUCGUCCGCGUCUUCGCUUCCUGCCUCGUCGUUGAAGACUCUGCCUUCAUCGUGGACGGAGCCCUCUGCGCCGCAGUCCGACCUUGUGCCGCGCCUCUCGCCGUCGCCCCCGUGUGCGUCGCCUCUUCCGCCGCCUCGCCCCGCAGCCGCGCGUCUCCUCUACCCGACUUUCGGCUCUGCGCCCGCGGCGUCUCUCUCCCCGUCCCCCUCUCCGUCGGCGAGACCGGCGGGCGCUUCGUGCGCGUCUUCUCCCGAGGCGGAUGUUAGGCGCGCAGCUCGGCGCUCGUCCCUCGCGACUUCCUCGCGGUUGGCUCGCGCGCGUUGCUCUCCAGGCUCGGAAGACGAGAGCUGGAUCCGAAAGGGGGACUCUUCGUCGCCCGCGAGUCCUCCUCCGUCUCUCUGCUGCCGGCGAGCUAGCCCCAGUUGCUCGCCUUCGUUUCCGCUCCCGGCUCCCCUCGCGUGUCCUGUCGGCUAUUCGCCGACGGGCGUCUCCGCCGAGGCCAGGCCUGCCUUCAGCACGCGCCCGUCCUGUGCCUGCGCCGCCCGCUCGCGAGGCUGGACUUCGGAGUCUCCUUGGGGCGCGUCUAUGCCAGGAAGGGGGAACUGUUGUGCGGCAGUCUGCGACAUCCCGCUGCUGGCUUGUCCUGCGAUCGCCUCUGCCGCUCCUCCGCAGCCCUGCGUGCCUUCCUCGAUUCCUUCGCCUUCUUUGCCUGUCUCGCCAGGUGCCUCAGGCACGGCGGGGACUUCGCCUCGGCAUCCCGCGUUCUCCGCGGCGAGCCCUGAAGCUGCCUCCUCUCACUCUCUUUGCUGCGUGUCUUCAUCCUCUCUCUCGCGCACUCGGCCUCUUUCUCUGUCGAGCCCGUCUGCAGCGCCCCUGUUUACCGCGAUCUCUCCACAAGCGCCUGCCGUGAAGGCGACUACGCCUUUCCCCGCGUCAUCCACUUCCUCCUCUUCUGCUUCUUUAUCCUCUUCUGCAUUUGCGUCUUCUCCUGUUUUUCGUCCGUCGUCAUCCAUGUCUCGGCUUCCUCUCGAUGCGCCAGCUGGCGCGCCGUCUCCGUUUUGUGCUUCGUCUUCGUCCUCGAAUGCGCCGGCGUCCCCCGAGGGACUGAUUUCUGCUUGUCCUUCGUUCUCGACUUUGCAUGUCGUUUCGGCGUCCACGAGUGUUUCGCCGCUGGCUGCCGGGGUGGCGGACAGCGAGGCCGCAGCGGAGAGACCCCAGGCUCUGCAGCCGCGAGUCGAGAGCAGCGGAGAAGGACGCAGCAGGGGAGAGAACGAGCCUCAGCGAGAUGGUGCCCCCGGAAUGCCGUCGCGCAACUCCCCCUGCCUUCCGCCUCCUCCUCUCUCUGCAUCCUCGUCUAGCGCGUUGUCUUCUCAGGAACUGCCUCGUGCGGCGCGAGACUCGCACAGUGCGCUCUGCCAGGCGCCGAAGAAAUUGUCUCCUCUCCCCGCUUCCGGGACGUGGGUGUCGCCGACUGUGAAACGCCUCGCGUCCGCGCUCGCGUCGUCCAUUCUAAAAGACGCAUAUCUGGCUACAUGA